GGGUUUUACUAUUAAGUAGCUUAUCAAAUCAAGAAUCAUAAGGUGUUAUAUCGGUCAUUCCGCCGCUUACUCUUACUAAAUCGGUUUCUCCGGCACCACUUCCGUUUCCUUCCCAACUCUGAAAAUCAAUUUCCAUUUUCAAAAUAAAAAAAUGUUAGACUGGCAACAAUACACUCAAUCAAUAAUCUUGGGACUCAUUUUCUCAUAUCUCGUCUCUAAACUUUUCUCUCUAAUCCUCUCUUUUCGCCACCAAAAUCUCCGCUUAACUCGCUCCACCUCAUCUCUUGAUGAUCAAGAGCAGCAGCAGGAGGAGGAGCCUUUAAUUCCAAAAGAUAUUACUGAAAAUGAACCAGUUAGUAAUAAUGAUAGUGAUGAUGAUGAUUGGGAAGGUGUGGAGAGUACGGAACUAGACGAAACGUUUAGCGCGGCCACGGCGUUUGUGGCUGCGACAGCGGCGGAUAAAUCGUCGCAGAAAGUGAGCAGUGAGUUGCAGUUGCAGCUGUAUGGGUUGUAUAAGAUUGCUACUGAAGGUCCUUGUAGUGCUCCUCAGCCUUCUGCUCUCAAAAUCACUGCUAGAGCUAAAUGGAAUGCAUGGCAGAAAUUAGGUGCAAUGCCCCCAGAGGAAGCGAUGAUAAAGUAUAUUGAAAUUAUUACUCAGUUAUACCCUACUUGGGCUGCUGGUUCAACUUCUAGAAGAGGUGAAAAUGACAACGAACGAUCAAGUAAUGAUACUAGACCAAUGGGACCUGUUUUCAGCUCUUUUAUCCAUGAAGAGGAAUCUGACGAGCUAAAGUUAGAUGCUGUACACGCCUUCGCAAGAGAAGGUGAUACAGAGAACUUGAUCAAGUGUGUUGAGAGUGGUGUUCCGGUGGAUACAAAGGAUAGCGAGGGCCGGACACCUUUGCACUGGGCUGUUGAUCGUGGCCAUGUAGAAGCUGCAGAAUUACUGUUGAGCAGGAACGCUGAUGUGAACAUAAAGGAUAAUGAGGGCCAGACACCAUUGCAUUAUGCUGCUGUUUGUGAAAGAGAAAGCAUUGCCGAGUUGCUUGUGAAGAAAAAUGCUGCUACGGAUAUCAAAGAUGACGAUGGAAAUUACCCUUUUGAUCUUUGUGAUUCAAAAUGGCCCUGGAUCCAACCCCAAGUACCCUCUUUUGAUUCAUAGUUUUGUUCAAAUUUUAUCAGAAAACCGGAAAGGUGUCUUUUGUUUGAAAUUGCUAUAUGUUGUCAGAUAGUUGUCCAAAUUCAGAAAUUAUACAUAGCUUUGUUUUCAUCA